UAGGCAGACCAACUCCAAUACAAACAACUGACUGAGCUCUCGUGCGCGCGCUCCCUCUCUUUCCUCUCUCUUUCUUUCUCCACGCCCCUAUCUUUCAUCCAAGUCCUCCUAUAGGUUCGGUACAGAGCACGCACCAAGAUGCCCAGCAAGAGGAAGAAGAACAAGCGUCGUAUGAGAAGGGUGCAAGCCCAGAGAAGAGCACUUGAAGAACAACAUGCUGCCAAUCCGCCGGUGAAAGCCAGCCGGGGGAUUGCAGUGAGUGCACCCCCUGCAGGAACCACAAAAAAAGCGGCUAAAGCUCCACCUCCAGCUCCAGCUCCAGAAAAGAUCUCACAGUCCAUUCCUGCUGCUGUUCCUACUGUAGAAACUCCCAAACUAGAACCAAAAGCAGAACCUGUUGCAAAGCCCAUUCCAGAUGAAGUACAGGCACCAGAGUCUGAGGCUGUGUUGUUGGAGCAGACUCCAGCGACAGCUGAGAUUGAAGUCCCAACACCUGUCACUGUAGAAGCACGAGCUGUUGAGACUCCAUCAGUGAAGCCCUCUACAGUUGAAGCUAAUGUAGUGCAAGAACCCAAGAUUCCUGAAACAGAACCAAUAACUGAGGUCACACCCUCAUUUGAAGCUCCAGUGCUGGCUCCCUCUGAAACUGAGAUUCACACAGUUGAUUCUGCGAUCAUAAAAACUGAGACUCAAGAGACAGAGGAUAAAUGUGCGACACAGGAAGAAGUGGGAGCUGAGGCCCUGGCAGAGAAAGGUGCUGUGACUGAGGUCGAAGUGGAGGUGGCUGUCACAGAAGAUAUUGCCGUACCAGAGCCUGUGACACGAGCCUCUGAAAAAACAGUGGGAGAUGCAGUUAGCGGUGGCCAGGUUUCUGCUGAAGCAGAGCCUCCACUGGGCAAGGUGGUUACAGAGACUGUUGCUGAAUCAGUGGUGGAGGUUGUCACAGACGUACCUGAGAACGAACGAGUGACUGAAGCGGCUGUCAGUCCUGCAACCCCAGCUGCUAAAGAUGGUAAAGAGGUGUUGGCGGAGGAGAAUGCACCCGAAGUCUCUGCUGAGACUGCUAUAAAAAUAGAGCAUACUCCUGUCGAUUCUGUGGAGGCGGCUGCAGUACCUGACACCAGCCCUGAGGCUACAGCACAAGAGGCUAAACCCAAAGAGGAUGCUGUGGCCACGCUGAUUAAUGCCACAGAAGUUGAUGAGUUUGUUGUGACAGAAUCCGUCUCGGCAGUAGAAGUUGCCACUGAGUCUGCUGCUGUCCAGCAGGAAAUUUUACCCGUGAAUGACACUUCGAGUGCCCAAACAGACUCCGUUGAUGUGACGACUUCUGAGUUUGAACCUGCUGCUGCACCUGCAGAACACACGGAAGCUGCAGAGCCAAAAUGUCUGGACAGGCAGUCAGAAGCGUCAAAGUCAGAAAUCCGUGAUGUGGAAUGUCAGAUGGAAAUCUCUGUGGAGUCUGUGCAGCUCAGUUCAGUGGAGAUGCCAGUGGAGACGGCGCUGAAUGCACACAUUGUUCCAGAGGUCUCUAUUGAGGGCUAGAGCCACAUCACAGAGCUCAGAAGAUCUUUUUUUUAUUUAGUCCCCAUUUUGUCUUUUGGAGGACUCGAAGCUUGCAGGGAGGCAACCAGCUGACCUUUUCAUUUUUUAAGGCUUAGGACCGAACUGCCAGGAAAUCGAAGAGACAUCCACACUUUGAAGUGCCUUUUCCUGCCCUGGUUUCUAUUAUAACAUCAAACCAGAUGUCAACAUGCAAAAAAUGUCUGCAUUCAAGGGAGCAGAAGAAUAAAACAUAUUGUGGCUCCUUUUAUACAACAUUUACCCCCAAAACCACGUACAAUGAUUUUGUUUUAGCAGUGGAAGCAGAAGUGCCGCAGAGAUGAUGAUUCUCUCAAAUCAUACUGGACAGGAUCUGAUAUUUGUCAGCACGUCCCCAUCUCUGUAGAACAUCUGCUUCCACACAUGCAUGUAAAUACUGUAGCAUUGAAGAAUGCGCCUCCAGUUUUUCCUUAGGCCCAUUUUCAAAACGUGUUGUUUUUUGUUACUUGUUUCAAAAUCACUGACUUACUGCUUAGUAGUAUUUUUCCACCAUAUGUGAUAUAUACAUACAGCUUUUUCUCUGUCCUUGAACUGUCUCUGUCUCAAGUAAGUGCCAGCGCUAAGGUUAGUGUGAUUCUAAAACUACAUCCUGAAGUUACAGUUUUAGGUUUACUGGCCACUGGCAGAUUUUGAGUGGAUGAGGUCAGUUUCUGAUUCUUUUUUUUUUUUUUUUUUCACCUUUUCCUAUUUGCAAUUCAUCGUAUUUAGACAACAUGACGUGCUACAGUUUCGUGUUGAAGUCUGUGUUCUGGAGGGGAAAUGUAAUUGGGUUGCUGUUGGGCUGCUGAUGGGCAUACCUAAACUUUGAAAUAAAGCUGUACCUGAUCGGGAUGUCUGCAUUUUACUUUAUUAUCAGAGAAUCAGUCAGUGCUGGACUGACAAGAACUUCAAUUUUAAAAUCUUCCAAAAACGAAACUUCUGUACAGUGUUUUAUUUUGUGAUUGUUAAAGAACUUUUUUUUUUUAUCCCUUGGGAGUGCAGCUGAAAAAGACAAAUAAUAGAGGGACUAAAGCUUCAGAAAUUGCAUUUGGGCCAGAAGAUGUGAAAGAAUAUUUGCAAUAAAUAGCAUGAAGUCUGCAAGCUACUUCAACCUGAGCUGCACUUCUUUGAACAUGGCAACAGUAACUCAACAGUAACUCAAAUAAGAACAGGAAACAGGCUACAACAGGGGUGGGCAAUCUCAAUCCACGAGGGCCGGUGUCCCUGCAGGUUUUAGAUCUCACCUUGGGUCAACACACCUGAAUCACAUGAUUAGUUCGUUACCAGGCCUCUGGAGAACUUCAGGACAUGUUGAGGAGCUGAUUUAGCCAUUUAAAUCGGCUGUGUUGGUUCGAGGACACAUCUAAAACCUGCAGGGACACCGGCCCUCGUGGACUGAGAUUGCCCACCCCUGGGCUACAAUCACCAAAACUGGAUAGCAGAAGAUUGGAAAAAACACCUCCUGGUUUGCUGAAUCUCAAUUUCUGCUGCAACAUGUAAAAUCUGGCAUAAACAAUAGAUCCAUCGUGCCUGGAUCCCUUCUAUCUUCUGUUGUUGGCUUCUUCCAACAGGAUAAAAUCCUGGCUUCAGUUAAAUAUCUUUCACUUGUGUUUCCUGGAGCUCCAUCCUGGAUGCAUGCCCUGGGCAGGAUUUGAAUCCUUGACCUAUUAUUCCAAAGACAGUAGUAAUGCCACUACGCUGAGAAAAAGCAACCCCCCCCCCGCCCC